AGUUUUGCGUUAGUUGCCAUGAAUAGAUUGGUAUAUGGGAGUCCUGCUUUAUCGGACAACGAAACUGUGCUCAUUCGCGAGAGGAACGUGACCCUUUUUGAUGGAUUCGAUGAAAGCAGAUUCCAAGAGGGCGAAAUACUGAUCACUACACAUAGAUUGUUAUGGGGCCGCCCUGAGGCGAUGGCAAGGGGACAGAAGUGCCUCACCUUCAUGUUCGCACAGGUUACUGACGUGGAGGAGGAACCGCCGUACCACUACGAGAGGCAUCGCAAAGUUGUGGUUUACCUGGAUUUUUUCCCUGAUCCUAAUGCUGACAGAGCCAUACCGGAAAGCAUGUUCAACUUCAUCAAGUUGUGCUUCAACGAAGGCUUCAGCAGCGAUGUGAUUGGCAACAUCCAGAGACAAAUGCUAUAUUGGCAAAACUACAUUCCGCCACAAAUCCCAGAUAAUCAGCCCUCAAGCAACCAGUUGCGGCAGAUUGAGCUGCGUACGGGCAUUGUGGGGAUUGAAAGGGGCCUGCAAGCGAAGCAGAGCUUGUUGGAUGGAACUCUAACAUUGGCGUUUAAAGACUUGACCAAACUGAUGUGCAUGGCUGGAGACAUGGUGAGACUGUCUAAGGUGAUUUCCAAAAAAAUAAAGGAUAGGCAGGGCGAUAUUACCGAAGAUGAGACAGUGCGCUUUAAAUCCUACCUCCUAAGUCUAGGUAUAGACGAUCCUGUGACCAGGGACGCAUACAAAUCUAAUAACCAGUACUACAAGGGAUUGGCUAAGGAAAUUUGCGAAUUCAUUAUAACCCAUAUAGAGGAAAUGGGAGGCAUGAUGGCUCUGCCUGAUGUCUAUUGCAGAGUAAACCGAGCCAGAGGACUAGAACUUGUAUCACCUGAAGACGUGUUAAAUGCCUGCAAACUAAUGGAACAAUUGGGUAUGCCGUUGAAGUUGUUCCAGUUCAGCUCCGGAGUGAUGGUGCUUCAACUGUGCAAUUUAGAUGGUGAAAGCAUUGCUGAAGCAACAGCAGUUUUGGUGGAAGACUGCGGUUCUCUUAGUGCAGAGGAACUUUCCCAAAAACUAGGCAUUUCCGUGAUUUUGGCAAAAGAACGCCUCCUAGUUGCGGAAAAGCAUGGGAAAACUUGCCGCGAUGAUGCAAUAGAAGGUCUAAGAUUCUACCCCAAUCUGUUUCUAACUAAGGAUCAGUAAACUUUGUUGAAAAUUGUAUCUAUAAUUAUUACCAUACAUGUUUAACAUUAGAUAAGUUCUAUAUAUAAGUUUUUACAAACUUC